AUGGUAGCACCCCCAGGGAGCACCCCCAAGCCUGUUCACUUUGUUGUCAUUCGACAGGAUGGCGAUGUUAAAGGAGUCUCACUUCCAGAGUUGACAUGGAACAUGUGCCAUGACUAUCCAAAUUGGACUGGCUCUAUCAAGGUGCCUAGCGUUUGCAUGAUGGCCCACAAACUUGCCGAGUUGGCUGGAAAUAUGAAAGAUAGCGGAGCAAGCAUGAACCACAAAGCUCUCAAAAACCGAGUUCAUUUCUUGUAG